AUGAACGCCGGGGGCGCAGGCGCGACGGCGGCCGGUGGGCCCGGCACCCCGGGGGCGCAGGAGGGCGCGGCGCAGUACCACCCUUCGCCGUCGGCGCUGAGCGCGGCAGCCAUGGUGGCGGCCGCCACCGCCACAGCCACCGCCACCGCCAGCGUCGUGGCGCUGCAGGAGCGGCAAGAGAUGGGUUCGCAGUUCGGACAGAUGAAUAAUGUUCCCCAACAUGGGAUGCAGGCUCAGCAGUAUGGGGCAGGAUAUGGGACCCAGCGGGCCCAAGGACCUCUGGGGAUGGGCAAUCCUACGUCGGCAAUGACCACCAUGGGCAACAUGGGUAUGGGCAACAUGGGAGGUGGCAUGAAUGGCAUGAGUCCCAUGAGUUCAAUGGCCAACAUGCAAAUGAUGGGCCAGAAUGGUGGCAUGCAUGGGAACAUGAUGGGAGGAAUGGGGCCAGGCUCCAUGCCCGUGCCCAAGAUGGGAAUGCAGUCGUUCACCUUGCAGGGACCAGCUGGUGGUCAAGUGUACAGGAGAAUGACCCCCUAUCCCUCUCCUGCAAUGCACAUGACACAAAAGAGGCAACAAGCUUAUUCUACCCCAGGACCUGCUUCAACAAUGCAGCCUGGUUUCUCUCCUGCAGCUGGACCACAGUAUCCAACUGGUUAUGGAAGUGGUCGACCUGCAUUCCAAAACCAGUAUCCUUCACAACAACCUAUGGGUCCUACUGGUACAUUUGCACCUGGCACUGGUGUGCGGGGUACAAUGCGGCAGACCACUCCCCCUUACACGGCUAACGGCCAAGGCAGUCACCAGUACUUCAACACUGGGGCCAUUCCUGGAGCCAUGUCCGCCCAUCAUAAUGGCAGUGCGGCUGCGGGGCAGUUCCCAACAAGCCACCACCAGGCAGCGGGGGCACCAGCGUACGGGAGCACGGGUACUGGAGCUCAGUACGGCGCUGGGGCAGCUAGCCAGUUCCAGCAGGACGUGAACAGCAUGAGGAGCAACAUGAGCUACCAGCAUAGCCCCAUUCCCGGCAAUCCCACGCCACCUCUCACCCCAGCCAGCAGCAUGCCACCAUACAUCAGUCCGAACCCUGAUGUGAAGCCAAAUUUCUCGGAGCUCAAGCCACCACUACCCAUACAGAAAGAUGAUGAAUUACGCUUGACAUUCCCUGUUCGUGAUGGCAUCAUCUUACCACCUUUCCGCUUGGAGCACAACUUGGCAGUGAGUAAUCAUGUCUUCCAGCUCAAACCCACCGUUCAUCAGACUCUCAUGUGGAGGUCUGAUCUGGAACUCCAGUUGAAGUGUUUCCAUCACGAGGACAGAUUAAUGAACACCAACUGGCCUGCUAGCGUUCAAGUAUCAGUCAAUGCAACUCCCCUCAGUAUUGACCGUGGAGAAAAUAAAACCUCUCAUAAACCUCUUUACCUUAAAGAAGUAUGUCAACCAGGUCGCAACACGAUUCAAAUUACCGUUUCUGCCUGCUGUUGUUCCCAUCUCUUUGUUUUACAAUUAGUACACCGACCAAGUGUAAGAAGUGUGUUACAAGGAUUAUUGAGAAAAAGACUUUUGACUGCUGAUCAUUGUAUAGCAAAGAUUAAGCGAAAUUUCAGUAAUACAGCAUCCUCUGGAGGAGGCAUGGGCACGGACAGAGACGGUGUCGAGCAAACUGCCCUAAAGCUUGUGUUAACAUCGAUGCAGGUGUCAUUGAAGUGUCCCAUCACCUUCAAGAGAAUAACCCUUCCUGCUAGAGGUCAUGACUGUAAACACAUUCAGUGUUUUGACUUGGAGUCCUAUCUUCAGCUGAAUUGUGAGAGGGGUUCUUGGAGGUGUCCUGUUUGCAAUAAACCUGCUCAGCUGGAAGGGCUAGAGGUGGACCAAUACAUGUGGGGCAUCUUGAAUACUCUGAACAACUCUGAAGUUGAAGAGGUGACUAUAGAUUCCUCGGCUAAUUGGAAGCCAGCAAAAAGUAUUCAAGGCAUAAAAACUGAAGAGGAUAGUGAUUCCUGUGGGGCAAAGCGAAUGAACAAAGCAAUGUCUCCAGGUAGUAUGACCCUCCCAACAAUGAAUAAUUGGGAUAUGAACCAAGCCAUGUCACCAUACAUUCCACCAGACAUGAACAGCAUUGCAAGUGGUUCCAUGAUGAACAGUGGACCUCCUCCUUACAAUGCUGCUGGCAUAAACAGAGGGAAUUCCUACGACUUCGGUGCUGGUUCGAAUCCUGGUAGUAAUGAAUAUGCUGGUGGAGGUGGACCAUUAUCACAUUUAAGUGAAUCGGUCAAUUCUUUGGAUCCUCUUAAUGCAAUGGAGAAAACAUUGAAUGAACAGAUGCCUCAUACACCCCAUACACCUCACACUCCACAUACACCUCACACCCCUGGAGGAACACCCAGCGCUCACACUCCAGGAGGUGGCAAUAGUGGGCCUCCCAGCGUACCUCCUGCCACCACCACCACUGAUGGAGUUGUUGGAAGCGUCUCCACAAGUACGGUUAGCAAUAACACAAACACCACUGGUGCAGGCACUGGCAGCCACUCGACCACAAACACGAGUGGAAGUGCAGGCACGAAUAAUGCCACAACGGAGACUCCUGAUAUUCCAUCGGACCUCAACUUCGAUCCUGCGGCUGUCAUUGAUGGUGAAGGCCAGGGACAAGAGGGCCUCAAUCUUUUACCUGAUAAUGUUGUGGAUCCAAUGGAACUGUUAUCGUAUUUGGACCCACCCGAUUUGGCUACACCACCUUCGAGUGGGGCUAGUAGUAACGGCAACAAUGGCACACCAGGCAAUACUACCAGUGAUGACAUUCUGGCACUCUUUGAGUGAAUAUUAUUUACCCAUCCCUCUCGUAAACGUUCCUUUUACUUAAGUAAAUUCAUGCAAGUGUGAGAAAUGAGCAGCAAGGAAAUAGACUUGCGUUGUGAACUUGUACAAAAAUGCAGUGUUCCUUUUGUUGUAACUUAACUGUGGUUGUGUGAUAAGUGAUUUAUUCAGUUGAAACUAGUGUGACUAUUCUAAAAUGAAAUGUACAACUGAAGUGACAUUGAAAUGAAAAAGCAAUCACAAGAGUACAGUGUUCCUAUAGUGUCACAAAUAAUGCAGCCUCAAUACAGCUGAUGUUGCAGAGUACCAUCCUUACCCCAUUGUUCCUUAAACUUAACUACUAUAAUUUCAGUUUUUACUGUGCUGUAAAAGAAAGAAAAACAAUCAUAAACAUUUGUAUGCAGUAGUGAAUACUGUGUGUACAAUCUUGAGCGAAGGGUGAGUUACCGACUAAAGUUGUUUCCUAAUUAAUGUUUUAUAAAGCCAAAAGACAAAUUAAAUUAAGGUAGGAUGAGAAAUUUUUACUUGAAACAAGACUGCACAAGUAGGAUCAUUCUCGGCCUGGCUAAUUGUCAUUAAAAUUCUAUCUUUGCUGUAAAGUAAACAAGUGUGAUAGGAAUGGGAAGGAAAUUGAAGAGAUAAUGUUUUGUGAUAUUGUUCAAUGCAUGUGACCAAAGCAGCUACGUAAUAAUCUAAAGAGAUACUGUAGGUAUAUUCAUUGUAUACAAAAUGAAUCCUUCCUGUAAAUUUGCAUACAACAGAGUGCAGCAUUUUGUUACGUUUCUCUAAAGGAGGGUGAGCAAAGAAGUGUCAUGAUACAUGUGUGCGAGGACUAUGUCCACUUACUACUGUGGAAAAACGAGGAGAUGAAGCAAGAUUGAAAAUGAGAAAGAAUGUAUGUGUAUUUAUUGUAAAUAGUGAAAAUAUUGGCAGACAGUAAAUAUCGGCCAGUUUAGAAGUUUAGACAUACUGUAAUAAUAAUUAUUAUAUAUUUUACCUGUCGUCAGAACCAAACUUGUAUAAAAUCUGUAUAAUUAUAAGGACAUUCACACAUACACUACAUUCAUGCAUCAUCUGCAUGGCUCGAUACAAAUUCAAUUAUAUAUUGUCUUAGUGUACAGCUUUAAGAAAGUAUUAUUAGUGAGAUGCACAAAACAUGAACCCUUAUGUUCAUACGUAGAUGAGCAUACAGAGGAAAAGAAACAAUCUUCAAAACAUGAAUUAUUGAUGUUGAAAAACUUAUAAAUUUCUUAUUGCAUUAUAUUUUUUUAAAAAGUAGAGUGUUAAAUAUGUGAAAUAGUUCUAAAACAAGGAAUUUUCUCAAGAAUUUGAUAAACAAGAAGGAUCUGUUAAAAUCUUUCAUGUUACACAAUGUUCUAUGACAAUUAAAAUACAGUUUUAAAAUUCUGAAGUUAUGCUCAUCUACAUAUUGCCAUAACAUGUAGAUGCACUUCAAUAUGUGGCAAUCUCUUGUGACACUCAUACCCGUACAAUUUACAUACUCCCUUACAUAAUAUAUGUACAUACAUUCUGUAUGUGCAUCCAUUGUAUUCUCCUUACCCUUGUUUCCAGUCUACAGUAAAGAGGAUUCCAGUAUUUUGGGCAUGUAGUCUUAUAAAGAAAGUAGAGUGAUCUGGAAGUUUGUACAUUAAUUAUGAAAUGAACAGUACAAACUAUGUGUCUCUGGCUACUAAUUUACAUUAAAACAAGAAAAACAAGUGUGGUACCAAAAAUAAUUUGGUUUUAACAUUUAGGUCUGAACAGUGAAAUUUUGGGGGGUUCAUAAACAAUUCAAAAAGCAGAGAUCAUUCUCCUUCCCAGCGCAUAUUUGUACAUUUUCGUUUAAAGAAUAUGUGUAUAUACAUAUUAAAAUAUAAUUGUGGAGAAUUUGUAUCAGUCUUUAAACUAUUUUUAUUGAAGUGUAUUCACAUUAAUGUACAUAUUUUUGUAAGUUAUAAGUAUUUUAACAUGUGUUUUGAAAGUAAGUGAAUACACUUGUUUUAAAGGAAAGCAAAUCUGCACAAUUUGAAUAUUACAAAUGUCAUAAUUGUAUUUUAAAUAUUAUGUACUCUUCUUUCUGAUAAAAAAUGUACAAUUGUGCAACUGAUUAUAGAGUUUAUGCGAUUGAUUUGUUAAUGCAUUGUACAUUGAAAAAUCAGUAUAGGGGCAAUCUUUUCCCCUCUGGUAUGGUGCCAUAUCUUAUUUGAUCAUAAGUUUCAUCUAAUUCACAUUUUAGAAAGGUUGUAUUGUGCAGAACAUUCACAUCUUGCUAAUAAGAACUGUUAUAUGAAGUUGAAAAUUUGUCAACUUCUGACCCAUGAAAUUAAUCCAGUAUUGUACAUAUACUUACAUUUUUAGAUUAUUUUAUUGAUAGUGCUUUAUGCAGGAAAUACUGGACUGAAAAAUUCUUCUAACUUCUUUACUUGUCAGUCUUUGUUUGUCAUAAUUUUACUGUUUUCUUUAUUUCUGUUCUAUGGUUCAUUGUGCAUCAAGUGGUAUUCAGAAAUUGAAAUGUCAAUACUGAUCAUUUUGUACUGUGUGUUAGCGUUGGACAUAUUGGUACUUGAUCAGAAAUUCAAUACUGUUAUGUAUUUAAGAAAUGUUUUACAUUUGUAAAUAUCCUUGUUUUUGCUAGAUACAUAAAUUAUUUGUGGCAAAUGAAGAGAAUAGAAGCCAAAUUAAAUAAGUGACAUUUUGUUUGUAGAUGAUGUUUAUAUAACAAUCAAUUGUAUAUCAAUUUCUGUAGAAAUUUAAAACAUUCAUCUGAAAUUCUUUUGUAUAUAGUUUUUUAAUAUAUAAACCACUGCCACAUACAAUUACAAAUAGAAAGAAAGGGAGUUAAUUCAUUCAACAUAUCACAAAUUGUGUUUGUUCAGUCACCUCUUAAGUUGAACAAUGCUUCUCACAGUCAUUUAAGAAGGGUUGGAUGGGCAUGAGUGUUAGAUUAUGAUAGUCAUAACUUAAUCAGUUCUAAUUUCUUCUAAAAUUACUGAAAAAUGAAAGAAGAUGCACAUUGAUUGAUCUAUUAAUGAUUUUGCCCUUUGGAAUUAAUUAACCAAUUACUAUUGAUGGUACAAGAUUGUUCAGAAUUACAAGAACAAUUUUUAACUUUGGAUGCAAAAGGAAGGGGAUGUUUUGUUAAAUGUUGCCCCUGGACCAAGCUGUAAAUUUUCCCACAUCAGCUUUGGGCUUUAGAUCUAGUAUUUCACUGUAUCCAUCACUGUCAUUUUGGAUAGGAACUAGCAAGAUCUGUGACAAGUACUAUGUAUAAUAAUGCCAGUUGCAUAUUAGAAAAAUAGGUAGGUCUUCCUUUAAUACUGUGCUUACCAUACAGUAUGUUUAACUUCAAAUAUUGUACAUAGUUUCCAAUGUAGAUGUAUUUCUGCAAAAAUGUACUAUUACACUUGAAUUAAUUGAAAUAUUAAUCUACCCUUUCCGCACAUCAUUUUUACUAGAUUUUAUGAAGGGAGUGUUGUGGGGUGUGUUGUGUGAUCCUAUCUGGUGAUGGCAUGAUGAACAAAAAAAUAUUUUUUUAAUGAAAAUGUGCAUCUUAUAGAAAGUCAUCCAAAGGGAAAUGCUUAGAAUGGUGCUAAUAAAUAAUUCAGUAAGAGUCCUGGAAGAGGGGUGGAGUAGUGUGGAUUGAAUAUCUUCAUUAGAAAAGAGAUAUUUAUGGCAAUGUUGUACAAGAAUGACUUGCCUUCUAUACUCCUACAUUGAAUUAUCUAUAAUUUAAGAAUGGCAGAUACCUCCAUUACAUUCCUCCUUUCACUUUAUAAUCCAAAAAAGAAAAAAUACAAUUUGCUUGCCUGCUACAGGGUGAUCUUACUUAGAAAAAUAUAAGAAAAAUUUAAAAGCCAAGAUAUUUUCUGUUAGUUUUUAAACCUUGAAAAUCAUAUUUGCUCAGUUAUUUGUAAUAAAGAAAUUAAUUUGUAGCUACCUUUUUAACUUUUCAUUUUAUU